UUUUAUCUUGGCUUUUGUAAGCAGCAGCUGUGGCCUCUCUUUCAUUACAUGCUACCUAUGUGCCCAGAUCAUGGUGACCGCUUUGACUGCACACUAUGGCGUGCCUAUGUUUCUGCUAACAAAAUAUUUGCAGAUAAGGUUAUGGAAAUAAUUAAUCCUGAUGAUGAUUUUGUCUGGGUUCAUGACUAUCACCUGAUGGUGUUGCCUACAUUUCUGAGGAAGAGAUUUAAUAGAGUUAAACUUGGCUUCUUCCUUCACAGUCCUUUCCCUUCGUCUGAAAUUUACCGAACCUUGCCAGUACGAGAUGAAAUUCUCAGGGGAUUGCUGAAUUCUGACUUAAUUGGUUUUCACACAUUUGAUUAUGCUCGUCACUUCCUAUCUUGCUGCAGUAGAAUGCUGGGUCUGGACUAUGAAUCCAAGCGGGGACAUAUAGGAAUUGAUUAUUUUGGCCGCACUAUAUUUAUCAAGAUUUUGCCUGUAGGCAUUCACAUUGGUAGGCUUGAAUCUGUGCUAGAUCUUUCUUCUACAUCUGCUAAAAUAAGAGAAAUCCAGGAAGAGUUCAAGGGCAGGAAAGUGAUUCUUGGUAUUGAUGAUAUGGAUAUUUUUAAGGGCAUCAGCUUGAAGCUACUAGCUCUAGAGCAGCUGCUGCACCAGCAUCCAGAUUUGCUGGAAAAGAUUGUACUAGUUCAAAUUGUGAAUCCUGCCAGGGGUUCUGGGAAGGAUGUUCAGGAAGCAAAGAAGGAGACAUAUUUAAUUGCCCAGAGGAUUAACAGUACUUAUGGUUCACCUCAUUAUCAACCAGUUAUUCUCAUUGAUCGGCCUGUUCCUCGUUUUGAGAAGAGUGCCUAUUAUGCUGUGGCAGAAUGUUGCAUUGUCAAUGCUGUGAGGGAUGGCAUGAACUUAGUCCCUUACAAAUAUGUUGUCUGCAGACAAGGAACUUCAAAACUGGAUGAAGCAUUCGGUAGAAAAAAUGAUUCUUCUCGUACAAGCAUGCUUGUUGUGUCUGAGUUCAUUGGUUGUUCACCUUCCUUAAGCGGAGCAAUUAGGGUUAACCCCUGGGAUAUAGAUGCUGUUGCUGAAGCUUUGAAUCUGGCAAUUACAAUGCAUGAUUCAGAGAAGAAAUUGCGGCACGAGAAGCAUUAUCGGUAUGUCAGCUCCCAUGAUGUGGCUUAUUGGGCUCGUAGCUUUAUGCAGGAUUUGGAGAGAGCAUGCAAAGAUCAUUACACCAAAAGGUGCUGGGAAUUUGGUCUGGGCCUAGGGUUCAGAGUAGUUUCUCUCUCUCCUGGUUUUAGGAAGUUGUCUAUUGAUCACAUUGUUUCAGCAUAUAAGAGAACCAAUAGAAGGGCCAUAUUUCUUGAUUAUGAUGGUACUGUCGUGGCACAAUCUUCCAUAAAUAAAAUCCCCAGCCACGAAGUCAUAUCCGUCCUGAAUACUUUGUGUAGUGACACCAAGAACACUGUGUUCAUUGUUAGUGGGAGGGGAAGAGAUUCUUUGAGUGAUUGGUUUGCUUCAUGCAAAUUGCUGGGACUUGCUGCUGAACAUGGGCACUUCUUAAGGUGGAGUAGUUCCUCCCAAUGGGAAAUAAGUCACCUGUCUGCUGACCUUGAUUGGAAAAAUGUCGUGGAACCCAUAAUGAGGUUAUACACAGAGGCAACUGAUGGAUCUAAUAUUGAAAUUAAGGAAAGUGCAUUGGUUUGGCAUCAUCAAGAUGCAGACCCUGAUUUUGGUUCUUGCCAAGCCAAAGAAUUGUUGAGUCACCUUGAAAGUGUGCUUGCUAAUGAACCAGCUGUUGUUAAGAGGGGUCAACAUAUUGUUGAAGUUAAGCCACCGGGAGUAAGCAAAGGCUUGGUAGCUGAAAAGGUUCUUAUGACUAUGGUCAAUGAUGGGGAUCCGCCAGAUUUUGUUAUGUGCAUUGGAGAUGAUAGGUCUGACGAAGACAUGUUUGAGAGCAUACUAAGGACGAUCUCUUGUCCAUCAUUGCCAGUUGCUCCAGAGAUCUUUGCCUGCACUGUUGGCCAGAAGCCUAGCAAGGCCAAGUAUUUUCUCGAUGAUGCUGCUGAUGUGGUAAAAUUGCUUCAGAGCCUUGGUACUGCAUCUAAUCCAAAGCCUAGGCAUUUAGCCCAUUUCCAGGUUUCUUUUGAGAGCACAGUUUGAGUUGGUCUGAUCAAGAAGGCACACAAUUGGUUUUUCUUUUUCCUUAACUCUAUGCUGCUUCAGGGAUUCUUUUCUUCACCCAUGAGCGAGAUAAAAAUUUUGAUUGCCAUUAGCUGAACGCGUAGGAAGGGGGGGCAUUUCUGUAGCAGAUCUAAUUCUUCCUUGUCUCCUGAAUUGGUUUACCUGGCUCCUCGAAGCGAAGGUUUUUGUUAAAACAUAAAAUAGAUGUUAACAUCUAUUUUGUUAAAAGCUGAGGUUCAGGGAUGAACCACAAUUCUUCCUCUGUAUAUGUUAACAUCAAUUUAUGUACUUGCUGGUGCCACUCGCCAUUGAAACUUUAGAUUAGAAAACAUUUCUGUUUGGUCCAGCAUUGUGGGCACCAGACACUUGUAUAGCUACACUAUUUUUGUUACAAUACAAAUGGCCAGUUUGGUUUGGGAA